AUGCCUCUUAAAUGGUCUUCUAGGGGCAAGAGAGUUCCUUCUGAGACGAAUACUUCUCCAAAAAAAUAUACGAUUGGCUUUUGUACCACUGGAGGAGGUAGUAUAGAGGAUCGAGCACCGACUAGUCCAAGAAGUUCUAUGUCUUCAAAUUCAAGCCCUAAUUCCAAAAAUAACCUCUCGCGCCAUUCGCAGUUAAACGGAUCUGUCUGUUCAGAUGAAUUAACUGUGAGAGCUUCUCAGACACAACAAAAAGUGCAACAUACUCAAACGCAGAUAUCUCAACAGCAGCAGCAGCAGGAGCAGCAACAUAUUUCGUCCAUGCAGUUGUCGUUGCCAGUUGCGCAACGUGGGUCGACUGGCCAGCAGCAGCAACAACCGGUUAUCCAGCAUCAGAGGUCGUUGACGAGCGAAGAUGCGAAACACUUUGGUCAGAUUACUUCGCAGUCUAUUUUUGUGAAGAACUUUGCAUUUGACGAACAAGUUUCCGCGUUGUCGUCCUAUAAUAAUCAUUCGCAGGUGUCAGUUAUGUGUUCGAAGGGUCUUCAAACACCUAGAACCUGGACACUACCGAAUCCGCAACAGCUCAAUACAGAGACAUAUGACUCUACUGUAUUUAAAGUUGGAUGGGUAAACAAAGCGCAGGGCACGGUGCAGCAUCCCCCUUCAUCGCAUAGGGAGGGGCGGUAUAGCCAUCAACCAACUCCUUCGAUGUCGUCGUUGACUUUGGAACGACAAACACAUUUUGCCGGCAACAGUAACGGUUCCUCCAACAACAGCAAUACCAAUCUUAACGAAGCCAAUAAAAACAGCGGGAAUAGCAACAGUAAUAAUAAUACUAAUGGUUAUAGCUAUUCUACAACCAAUUACAAGCUCCACAAAGCCCAGUUAAAAGGGUGUAUUUUAAGUCUAUACAAAUCGGGCCUUGGGAACGUUAAAUUCUUUGAUCCUUGUUUGGAGUUGAGUCCACAUGCAGUUCAGGCGUUGCAGCAGCAGCAGCAGCAGCAGCAGCAUAAUGAAAGGGCCGAUGGUUUAUUGCAUCCACAACUUAGCACUGCAAGCUAUAAUUCCACCCUACAGCUCCCCUGCAACAAUACUAACCCUGGUGGUACCAACCAAAGCGACAUGGAUACUAGCUCGUUAGGUGUGGAUCCAAAUAGCGAUGAGCUUAUUUCUAGGUUGGAUUAUGUAAGUCUAUCGUAUCCACAUCCAGAGUUAAAAUUGGAUAAAAAAGAUGAUAAGAUACUUUCUGGUUCGCUUGAAAGUUUGUGCCAUGCCGUCCUUUUCAUGCCAACUGAUGAUAAAAAAAAGGCCAUUGAUAUCUUGUUGCUUCUACCUUUGCUUGACGACUUUAAUAAAAUUUUGAAUUGCUUUAACUUAUUUGGUAUAAUCUUUACGAAACACCCAGAUAAUGCGGCAUCCUCAUACAACAAGUACCAGCAUUAUCAGAUCGAUCUGGAGGUUGAUCGCUUGAUGACACAAAGACUCGCUCUGGUUGUUAAAACUGUCUUAGAUAUGUUCCCUGGAUUCUUACUAGAUGAUAAGAUUUUUCAGUCCGUUAUUGUCUUACUGGACACCAUUUCAUUUCAUGAUGAAGACAUCUCGCAGACAAUGAAGAUACGUAUUGCUGAAAAGCAAGCUGAAUUAAACAAGUUGACGUCAUUCAUAUACGAACCCCUGCAGCCUGCGAAACUAGAAGCUCUUGUGAAAGUGUCGAAUUUUUUGAAAUUAGACACAGAAAAGAUUGCAAACCAAAUUCAUAGAAUAAACCUCAAGUUCAGUAAAGUCUGGAGCCCACAAUUGGAUUAUUCCUUGCUUUACGAUUCACAAUACUGCUAUAGACAUGUUGAGUUGAAUCCAUUGGUUUUCUUUAAUGAGAGGAAUGUUCAGUACUUGUGUCGGUUAAUGGUUACCCAUGUUUUUAGCACCGAUAGAGAUAUGACUCCAAACAAACGUGCAGAAAUAUUGACAAAAUGGGUUCAGCUAGGCUGUAAAUUCGAAAAAUUAGGAGAUAUGGUAUCUUGGCUAGCUAUUGCAACCAUUAUAUGUUCCAUUCCAAUGUUAAGAUUGACCAAGACUUGGCAAUUUGUUUCGGAUACAUAUUUGAAAAUCAUUUUUAAAGACUGGGUUCCAACAAUCGUUCAGUUGGAUAGAAGACAAAUGUCUUCAAAAUCUACAAACAGCGUUUUCAUCUUAGCUCCUCCAAAUUUAAAUGAUGCUUUUAUUAGGGAUAAUGUGAUUCCUUACUUUGGUGAUUUGGUAAUUAGAGCCGAUGAUUUGCCUAGGGAAACCAAAUACAAAUACUUGGAGAAGAAGAUUCGUCGUACUAAGAAUGCAUUUUAUAAAUGGCAGCAGAGGUUGGAUCAAGCAUUUGAACAAGCGAAAAAAUCAUCAUCAUCAUCCAAAGUUUUGAGAGCGGAAGAUAACGGUUCAGAAGAUGUUGCCGAUUUCUAUCAUUAUUGGAAACUUCACAUGGAACUACCAGCUAUGAACAUUGAAACCAUUAUGGGAUUGAGUUUGAAAGUCGAACCACCGUCUUUAAAUUACAACGUUUAUUCCAAACCAUUUCCUUCUCGAUGCUCACUGAUUAACGGAGGCUAUUUGCCCAUUUUGUUUACAUCAUUAUUGCAAAGCUAUUCUUUAUUCCCACAAGAAUUAUUGAUCGCAGCAGCAGCUCAAAACAAUAGAACAUCUACUUUGGGCGCUGUAACUACACCUACUAAUAGAGUCAGUCAACUUUCUGUAAGCACACGUAUGCAAGCUCAAGGGACUUCUGUUACUGAAACGACAGGCGUUACUGGUAUUUCAACUAUCGAUGAACCAAUAGUUAAAGAGAUUUCGUCGAAAGUAUCAAAUGAAAAAGUUUUUCUGAAGUUUAUCCGGGAUUUGUUUAACAUUGACAUACAUGUGUUUCACAUAUCGGAUGACUUAGUCUUCAAAUCAAUUCGUGAUUAUGAAAAUAUCUCUAAAUCGAAGAAUUCGAUAAUUCAGACUCCCAAAAGGUCAUCUCAUCAAUCAAAUAUCCUUCCUGAUCUCUCUGCCCUUAGUGGUGCUUUAGAAGGUCUCGAACUAUUUAAUAAUAUCAGCCGCAGUCCAGAAGUUGUAUCAGAAUUUACUGUUCAAGUUGUUUUGAAAUGUGCCACAUUAGAAAAGAUUUUCGAUAUAUUGGUUUUGACCACUCGUGUUUUUUCUAACCUCGUUACUACCAAUGAUCUAGUUGCAUACUUUUGCAGUGAAAGAGCUCGUAAAGAUAAGAAUCCUUUGAAAACUUCUAACAACGAUAAUAAUAAUAUUGGUUUAUUGGACUUUGCCCUAAUAAGUCUAAUAAUGGAUAAUGAUUUAUUCACUGAAACUUUCUUUAAUAAUUACAAGAGUUUUACUACCACAUUAUUCGUUUUGGAAAAUCUUGCUAAGAGAUUUAUUGGUGCAAAGUCAUGUGCUGUAUCUAUUAAUCGUAUUAAAAUGAGCAAACCUUCAGGAUUAUCACGGCGAUCUUCAGUCAAUCAAAACAAUCCACAACAAGUUGAUCAAAGAACUUCUUCUGCUAGCAGUGGUAUGUUUACUCUGGAAUAUGAUGAUGUGAAGUUCCCAGUUUGGGAUCAAAAGGUAACAAAUAACGAUCUAUGUCCUUUAAGUUACUUGGCCAAAAUUCAACUUGGAGUCUUGGAGUCUUUAUACCAUUUCAUUAAGGAGCAUUACGCUGAUUUUACAGAUGAUUUGAAAAAUAGUAAGACUUUCUUAGAUGUACUAAAGAUUAUUAAUCAAGAGGUCUAUGAAGAAUGGGAUAAAAGAUUGGAGGAGUUUAGAAAAUCUACUAAAAAUGGCAGUACUCCCUCCGUUGAAGUCCUAAGUAUAACCGAGCUAGAAAAACUCCAGGCCCAAUUACAAGAAUUGUUUAACAAUAUUAAAUCAUCGUAUCAGCGUCAAUUAUACCGCCCGUUAGGUGUUACCAGAACACAUAGAAGAGUUAAUGAUCUCCUUACUUCAUUUAAAUCACAUACAUCAAUGUCUGGAGCUAUCAUGAAUGGAACGGAUAGUACCCUAGAUAAAAUGGCCACCAGCUUUACAAAGCUUAAAUUUAACGAUUAUGAUGGGAUGAUAUCUUGGCUUUAUCAAUUGGAUCAUUUUAUUAUGGAUAAAUUGAGGAUGAUUUCCGGCCAUACAUGGAUCGAAGUUUCCCAAAUAUUAGAAUCGUUAUCAAAUGAAUCUUUGUUUUCAUUUAGGUAUCCACUACAGAGUAUUUCGAACAAUGUUGUGGCCAGUGGUAAUUCUCAGUUAGAUGAUUUGGAAAUCUUAGAUGUAUUUCAAUGGUUGUCAACAUUGGAGACUGAAGAUGGUUCCCCUGUUAUGGAAUAUCUACCUCCAUCUGUUCAGUUGAUAAUUAAGCUACACGUCGCCCUAACUCGAUUCUUUGUGGUUCAUAUUUCUCACUUGCAUUCAAGCUAUGAAACAAGAGUUAAUACUUGCUCUGUAAUCUUGCAAAUGUUGAAUUUUGUUCAUUUAAAGAAUACUGAAGUUGAUCUUUUUGAUGUGGAUGAUGCUAGUGCGAAAGGAAAUCCAGCGACAAAUAUUUCACCCCAUGUGCCCUCUUUUAUUGAAACUGCUAUUUCGAAUGCAAUUGUUUCUCCAGAGUCAAGAUUUUUUGAAAUGUCUUGGAAGCAAAGUUACCAAAAUAUUUCCGACCAGUCCAAUAUCAAACUGACAUUUAUGGGUUCUAUGUUAAAUGUUUUGGAUAAAAGCGCAAGGAAUUUUUCAAAUGCCGAUUCCAAGUAUUCUUUGAAACCUAAAAAUUUAUCCCCUUGUCCAGGAUGGUUUAUUUCGAGAUUAUUGGAGAUUACACAACUUGUUCCAAAUAUGAGUAUUGAAAACUCUAAAAUGGUGAAUUUUGAUAAAAGGAGAUUUAUUAAUAAUAUUGUUGCCAAUUAUCAAGAUUUGAUUCCUAAUGUGGAUCACUAUCCUUCGUGGGAUAAAUCACAAGAUAAGUUGGAAUUCGGCUCUGUUUUGUUUUAUUCUGGAGUUGAUUCUAAUAAAGCUUUCAGGAAGGCUAGUAAAGAUGCUGCUACAAAUGAGGCCAGGCAAUUGAAGUUUCAAUCAAUGGGACUGUUUAAUGAUAUUCUAGUUGCAGAGGUUUACAAAAUUCAAAGAGAUCAAAAAAUGAUGGAGCAAUUAGCAAUACAAGAUCAUGAAUAUAAGCGUAGUAUGGCUUCUCAGUUCCCAAUGAGACCAUCUAUUUCAGUUGCUAGUCCAACUUGUGGCACACCUCUGAAUGGAAAGUAUCCGAGCAUAAGUCAAAAUUCACUCGGUGUGAACGUAUCAAACAAUAUGUCACUUUCCGUAGGUAGACAUGGGAGAGCUUCUGUGUCUUCUAGAACCUCAGUGAUUUCAAAUUCGACAACAGUUGCACCAUUAGGAAAUACUGUGCCUACAACACCUGCGACAACUACCUCGCAUCAUGGAAGUAUGGGUAAAAAGAUCGGUGGAUUCCUACGAAGACCCUUCUCCAUUAGUGGGUUCAGUUCUUCUUCAUCACAGGGCAGUAGUGCAAACUCUGUGAUACUCCCCGGCGUUCAAUCAAAUGGAUCUAUCUCCCCAUACGAGCUACCUGAUAUAUUGAACGAGAUUCAAGAUGUAAAGCCGGCAACGUCCCUAAAGACUUUUGAAAUUAAGUCAUGCAUUCCAGUUAAUAACUACAGGCAGGAUCCUGAUAUGAUGCACUGUUUCAAGAUCAUAAUGGAAGAUGGUUCCCAACAUACAAUCCAAGGUACGGAUGAAAUUGAUAUGAAUGAAUGGAUAAAGGCUAUUAUACUAUCCAAGAGAUACUCCUUCCACUCUAAAAAGUUUAAAGGCAAGACUUCAAAUAAGAUAUUUGGGGUUCCAGUGGAAGAUGUUUGUGAAAGAGAAGGUGUUAUGAUUCCCAACAUAAUUGUGAAAUUGUUGGAUGAAAUUGAAUUACGCGGCUUAGACGAGGUAGGUUUAUACAGAGUACCUGGUUCGGUUGGUAGCAUUAAUGCUUUGAAGAGUGCUUUUGAUGAGGAAGGUGCCCUCAACAAUACAUUUACACUAGAGGAUGAUAGAUGGUUUGAGAUAAAUACGAUUGCUGGGUGCUUCAAACUAUAUUUAAGGGAAUUACCGGAGUCAUUAUUUACUAAAGAAAAAGUCGAUAACUUUGUUGACCUUAUGGCGUGUUUCAAAAGUCGGGAAAUUGACUUAUCAAAUUUCCAGAAUGAGGUAAAGCUGUUGUUAAAAUCUUUGCCUGUUUUCAAUUACCACAUCUUAAAAAGGUUGUUUAUGCAUUUGAAUCGAGUGCAUCAACAUGUGGAAAAUAAUAGAAUGGAUGCUAGCAACUUAGCUAUUGUGUUUUCUAUGUCGUUUAUUAAUCAAGACGAUUUAGCCAGUACUAUGGGACCUACAUUAGGUUUAUUGCAGAUGCUAUUACAAUACCUAAUUAGAAAUCCGGAGCAUUACUUCAUCUGA